UCAAAGGAAGUAGAAACGGACAGAGAAAACAAAUUAUACCUAUUUGUAACCUAAACUAUAAUAUAAUUUUAUAUAUUAUUUAAAGUCCUGAUCUAAUUGAAGUGAAGUGUGAAUUCAUAUUUAAAACUUAAUGUCUAGUAAAAACCAAGAACCUGAAAAACAGGAUGGAAACUCUCCCACCAAUGAGAAGAAAGAGGCUUGGGGUUAUGAUUUAUAUCCAGAAAGACGAGGAACAUUUAAACCAACUAUUACUAACGUGUUGACAGGUAAAGAGGGAAAAGAAGGUAUUGAAAAAAUUAAAUGUGAGAAGAAUGUGUACAAUUGUAUAAAGGAAAGUCCUAUUGUAAAGGUGAUGCUGGCAGCACUGAAGAGUUCUGGUUGCCCUGUUGAUAUUAGGCGGCACAUUUCUUGUGAGGUGUGUGACUAUUCUGUUAGUGGAGGGUAUGAUCCACAAUUAAAUCAGAUUGUUGUAUGUCAAAAUGUAUCGACACGGAAGGGCAUGGUGCAAGGGGUGUUAACUCAUGAGAUGAUACACAUGUUCGACUACUGCCGUAAUGAAUUGGAUUUCAAGAAUAUGGAACAUCUUGCAUGUACAGAAAUCAGAGCGGCCAACCUAACACAUUGUUCAUUUGCCAGUGCCUGGUCCCAAGGAGAUGCAUCAUUGACAAAAAUUAAACAAGCUCAUCAGGAUUGUGUUAAAUCAAAAGCAUUAUACUCAGUCCUUGCUGUGCGUCAGAUUGAGAAAGAAGAGGCUGUUGAUGUCAUAGAGAAAGUAUUUCCUAAAUGUUACAAUGACUUGGAACCCAUAGGAAGAAGAAUUAGAAGAAACUCUGAGGAUAUGGAACGUGCUUACCGAGAAGCAUCUUACUAUGGAUAUGAUUUGUAAAAUAGGAAUAUAAAUGUAAUGUAGAUAUGUACAUAUUGCGAUAUGUAUUGCAAUUUUAGGGUGAAAUAAUAAAAGUUGUUUUAUUUAU